GGCACGGUCAGGCGCCGCUUGCACAGCAAUCUCUUUACAUGACAGGGUACUACAAGGCACCCCAGAGCUUGAGAAGGGUUCCUUUUAUAAAUCGAGUACCGCGCGACUCCUCUGUUUUGCAAGGCGAUUCAAAAUGUUUCUCUCUCUCUCCUUUGUUAUUUUAAAAUGUUUUUGAAACGAGGCCUGGGGCCCGGAUCCUUCUGAAGGCGGAGAUGUUUCUGGUUUGACUACUUGGUUCGCGCCUCCCUCCCUUCCUUCCUCCCUCCUUCCCUUCCUUCCUGUGAAGCAAAAUUGUUUGCUCCAAAUUUCAGCGGACACGGGGAAGAGCAGGUACGCGCGUGUAGGCGCAUCGUUCCCUAAGCGUGGAUCCCUCCUGCCUUUUCUCGUGCAAUUGACGCCCCUGGGGCGAGGAAGCCUUUCGUCUCUGCUGAUUUGUGGUGUGGCGGUGGAGAAGAAGCGCAUGACAGGAAGACCUGGCUAGGGAGGGACGGAGGGGGGCGAGUGCGAAACAGUUCUCAGCAGCAGCAGCAGCAGCAGAUCAGAUCAGGCAACGGAGGCCUGUGUUCCUGAAACAUCCUGUGGCCACGUCGGUCUUCCUUCGCAUGACAGAAUAACAUGGCCUGGUCCAAUUUUUGCUUAUUAGACAAAUACUGCAGUUCGGAUGCCUAGCACCAGCCAGACCGUUGCUGAAAAAUAUUGAUGGCAGUGUGUAUCUUGUCGCUGUUCAAUGUAAGGGCAAAAGUUCAAGAUCCUUAAACAGACCUGACACAGGGGUGAGAAUUCCCCCCAAAACUCUCUACAAGUUCAGCGUUGCAGCAUAAACUGAAGAAAUGAACCUUGAAAAUGAUGGGGCAACAUCCCCCAGAUCCAUAUUUUCAUGGGAUUAUGUUCUGUGGGAAGUUCGUUUGAAACUAGUUGCAGCUGGCUUCUUUGUCUACUUGGGAGUGUUUUUUCUCUCGCACUGUCUAUCUUCAUGGAUGGUAAUCACUUACCGUUUAUUGCCUGCAAAAGAGAAAGUCUUUUGGAAUCUGGCUGCUACACGAGGUGUGUUUGGCAUUCAGAGUUGUGUUGCUGGCUUGUGGGCCUUGCUUCUGGAUCCAGUUUUUCAGGCUGACAAGGUGUAUUCCCAGCAGGACUGGAGCUGGUUCAACUGCCUAAUAGCCUCUGGCUUCUUCUUGCUUGAAAAUGCAGCUGUUCAUGUAUCUAAUGUUGUCUUCAGAACAUUUGACUUAUUCUUAGUUGUUCACCAUUUCCUUGCCUUUGGUGGCUUUUUUGGUCUGGUAACCAACAUAAAGUCUGGACAUUACAUACCCUUGAUGGGGAUGCUACUCGAGAUGAGCACACCUUUCACUUGCAUAUCGUGGAUGCUUUUAAAGGUCGGCUGGUCUAACACUUUCUUUUGGAAGGCAAACCAGUGGGUGAUGAUCCACAUGUUUCACUGCCGCAUGAUCCUCACUUACCACAUGUGGUGGGUGUGCAUUUCCAAUUGGAAUGCUGUGGUAGAAAAUCUGGGACUCCUACAUUUUGCUGUUGUGUUCACAGGAUUGAGUGCUGUCACUGUAAUACUUAACCCCUACUGGACAUACAAAAAGACACAGCAGCUCCUGUGUCCUGUUGACUGGAACUUUACCAAUAGAACAAUGGAAAACGGCUCCUCCAAAAAGCCCAAUGGGGAUGUGUUCCAGAAGAAAGGGCUGUGAUGGCGACUUUGGAUUUUUUUCGGGCACCAAUAAAACAUGGCCAGAAGGAUGUAGUGUAGGUAGACAGCUAAGAUCAUGACUCUUCAGUUUUUGUGUUAAGGGAUCUAAACAUAUUUAUUACUAGUUUCUGGUUUUCUUAUCAGUAUUAUUAAAUAAUGUUAGUGUUGCUGAUUUGAUUUAAAUAUCUAUGUUACAGGCAAAUCCUGAACUUUGGUCACCUUUAGGUAUGUUUGGGAAAUACAGAGAGAACUGAAAAGAAGGAAAUGCAGUAGUGAAGGUGGCUGUUCUGCCUCUUUUUGGAGGCCAGCCUGCCAUUUCUGGAGCUGCCAUAAGCACAUUGGCCAGGAAGAGAUCACUGCCCAGAAAACCAUUAUUUCUAAUUGUCUCCAAAAGAUUGCCAGUGACAGUAGAUGUUUCUAGAUAUGUCCAUCUUUCUAGAUUCAUUUUCAGCUGUACAUAGACAUACAGAGUUCUGUUCAUUAGUCAGGGUUUGUAACUAAACCUCUGUUUACAGAGAAUGCUAAACAUUAAUCCAGUAUAUUUUUAAGUAUGCGAGGAGGAAUGUGAUCACUCUCCCCCCCCCCCGGCUUAGAAUGUAAGAGAGUACACAAGAGCAAAGCGUGCUGCUAGGCAACUUGAAAAUAUAAUCUGUAUCACAGAAGUAGUUGGAUUAUUCAAAACAUGUUUGAGCUUUGUUUUUGGUAAAUACUAUGAAAUGUAACGUUCCUCCUGAGGCUUGGGAGAAAGUUGCUGGUGUAUCAGUAUUACAAGUUUCAUUCCUUUUGGCACAAUUAUAAUGUAAUUAUACAUUCAGUCACAGACAGUCUUCAUUGCAUAAACAUCUUCAUACAACGUAAGCCACUCUUCCCCAAACCUGGUGAUCCCCAGAUGUUUUGGAUUCCCAGUUCCUAUCACCCCGACUCCGAAAUGGUCAGGAAUGAUGAGAGUGUAGCUGAAAAUAUCUGGAAUGCAGCAAGUUGGAGAAGGCUAGUGUAAAUCUUUGGCAUCUCUUUCAGAGCUGGGCUGAGGGGGUCUGGAUUGAGUGGAUGUAUCCUUCCUGUCAAGCUACCGAAUGGGUGGGAGGCCUGCUGGUGGUAUCCCUGCCAGUGGAAAGCCCCAAAAUGGGGUGGGCAGCAACAUCAGGCCUGGUCUGGCUCCUGUUGCUGCACCAGCCGGGAACUAGUACAGGGAUGUGGCCUAAUUAUCAUCUUCCCCCUGCUGCUGCCAUGACCAGCUGAACUGCAGAUGCUGCAGUAGCUCUGCAAAGCCCCACUGGCAAGUGGUUGUGGGUUGGUUUGCAUCCUGUGCCACAGAUUGGGGCCGAAAGUAGAUUGUGGGCCUCUGACCAAUUUCCAGUAGAACCCUGCUAGUUGUUAGGAUUUUAGUGAUGAAUAUUGCAGUGGGUGAACUUGUUCUAAAAGGGGCUUGUUAUGUUUAUGAGCAAGAGGGCAUACUUGAAGGUGACCUAACACUUAAGAUUAGUUCUGCCUUAAUUGUUAAAAGACCCUGAGUGUUUACUCUUAUUUCAUUUAAACCACCAAGGGAAUUUCAGUAAAAAUAAAACUGCAGAAGACUUUGGUAAGCCCACCCUUGUUCUUUAGGAACAUUUUCUGGAAUAUUCUCCUCUUAUCUCUUGCUUAGCUCAAGCAGGCUGCUUUCACACGAGUUUCUCCUUGCCUUAACUAGCUUCUUUCUGUCCAGUGUGGAUCUUACAGUCCUGAGAGUAACUGCCAGCUUAUAGAUGAAAGGAAGAACAAAUUGCCCAAACCCUAGUUGUAGAUCAUAUCUAAUGGGCAGAAAAUAUAUGCAGUAUCUCAAGAAAGUUGCUUCUAUCAUAAUGCCAAAAAUUUCAUCAUGAGAAGUUUUACUUAACUGACCUUAAAGCUUGCCCCAUCCUCAGGUUUUAGGGCAGGUAAUAAUUAAAAGAAUAUAUAAAGUCCUACUAUAACAGAAUAAAAAAGUUGUACUAAAAGGCAGACCUCUAUCCUUUCCAACUCUAGCCCCUGAAACCCAAUUCAAAUGGCAUGUAUUAAAAUGCUUCUGAAAGGGAUUAAAAGUUUUUGAAGGUCCAAGAGGAAGCAAUACCUGAAGUUUUUGACAACAUUAUCUACUGUGAUCCUUUUUUAAAAAAGGUUGCAGGAAACUACUAAAGAAUCUGUGUUCCGGUGAAAAGUUGUAGAACACUGACACCUAAUGGUUGUUGUGAUGUAUAGUUAGCUUGCUUUGACAAGCAGAACAUACAAUCAACUAAUCUGGAACGCACAUGCACAUUUUACAAAGGAUAUUGCAUUGAGGCAGCUUACCUAUUCUUGCCUGUAAACACCAUUGAACUCCCUGGGACUUACUUCUGAAUAGACAGCAUUGCACUGUGUGUUCAUUUUUUAUUUUUUGAGUGCAUAAAUCUUCCUACUGGUGGCUUUACAUUCCAACCUAUGAUGCUAAAGUUUAAGGGAAAUGUGGUUUCUCUGUUUACUAAUGCAUACUGAUGGAGCUCGUAAAAUAAACAUGAUAGUGUUAAGACUGAGCAGAAAUACAGGUUUUCUCUCUCUCCUGGUCCCUCUUUCCUUGGCAAAUAGACACUAAUGUGCAGUUGUGAAGGUCUAGUUCAGAAGAACCUAUGGCCAAAGUACUGUGCAUUUGUCCUAGUAUAUACUUGGAUGGGGUAAUAUGAGACAGGAGCAACCUUAUGGUUGAGUAAAUGCAAUUAUAGAAAUUCAGAAUUGGAAAUUUACAGCUAUCACAGCAUGGUGAUUAGUAGAAAUCCUCUAUUCACUGAUAGAAGGAACAUCUGUUCAUAGAAGUCUUCCCUGAAAGAAAAAAAGUAUCUUUCAUGAGCAGCUGCACCUUUGGAUCCAACCUACUAUUUAUUCAUUCUUUAAAAAUUAGGUGCCUGUUGUGUCCUACUGUUGUAGUUUCACAAUAUGAUAUGGAAUUCAGGACACAUACAUGCCAGUUGGUUUUGAAAAUUUGAAUAAAAAUUAAUUGGAAAAAAAAAUCUUGUGGGAAGGGGGAAUUUUUUCCACAUGCAGUGGUCUGGGGACUGGAAGUAGGGUUGCCAGGCUCAGGGCCUGAGAAUGAUUCUGUAUCUUGUAAGAGAAGAUAAAAUUCAGCCAAGUUGAGGUUUUCUUGCAACACUGUAAUGGGAGGCUGGGUCUGGCAACCAAGAGGCCUUCUGUAUCUUUUAAAGUUGCGCAGAGGGAAGGGAGAAUUUCACCUUGUGGUUUUUCCCAUUACAGUGUUGCAAGAACACCUGCACUUGGCUGAAUUUUCUCUUCUAAAGAUACAGAAUCAUUCUCAGGCCCUGAGCCUAGCAACCCUAACUGGAAGUGUAUUUUGCCUGAGAAGCUCAACCCAGUUUUUUAAAAUUCCAAGGUAGCUUUCAACUGGAGCUUUUCAUGGAAAAAGACAUCAUAAUACAUUUUAGAAUAUUUCCCUCAUAGCUUUUAAAAAUGUGUUAACAAGUUCACUUAUUAGUCAAAUUCUGAUCAGAAGUUAAGAGUUUUGGUUUCCCCAGAGAUCAGCCUCUCUGUGUAGUAAAUGAAGUAGCCCUAAAGGUUUAUCUUCGGUAUGCACUUACUUUAGAUAAGAGCUGAGCUGAAUUCAACUUUGCCCAUAGCCUAUUUACACAGAAAUCUAGGAAACUGAUAUAUUUAGGCUGGAUGCUUCUGUGGGUCAGUGUUGCAUCAAAUAUAGUUAUAGAUGUUUCCUUGAUAGAAAAUAUGUAGAAGCAGAAAUCUUGAGUUUAACCUAUUCUCUUCCACUACUAGCUGAGAUGGCUUCCCAUAUCCUUCUCUCUCUCGCUCUCCCUGUGCCUCCCUCCAAUUCCCUCGGUCAGUUCUGCUUGGCACCAAAAGUGUUGCUCUGUUUAUUUAUUUGAUUUAUAUCCCGUCCUUUCUCCCAGUAGGAGCCCAGGGCAGCACUCUACCCUAGGGAGCCUACAGUAUUUUCUCCAUAGUUUAAAUUGAAUUUUCCCCUUUGUGCAGUUGUGCAAACCUGCAGCAGGAGUUUCCUUACGGAACUGUGUAUUUUUCUCAGAGUAUUAUUGAGAAGUGAGGGUGGGAAGAAAAGCACAGCCUAGGGACAGAUAGUAGUUAUUCUAUGUGUAAAUACAGGUUUCAUUUCUGAUUCUUUCAAAUACUGAGAACAGAACUCGAUUCUACAAAGAAAAGUUUUCAACUCUGUUUUCUUCUUGAAGGGGAGUGAAUAAUCAUUUUCCUUCAUGCCUAUUGACUUUUGUAAAUGCUCUCUGACAGUUCUAGGUCAUUUCUUCCAUGCAAAUAGGCUCCAGAUCAGGAAGUUAACCAAUAUAAAUCGCCAUAGAAGGCAUUUUGCAAGGGGAAAUAGGGUGGUUCAGAAGAGGCUAUCCCUCUUUUCAGUUCUUCUCUCUUGGGUUCCUGUUAUCUUGGCAGAUGUGUUUGUCAGUAUGCCUAGUUACACUUAGUGAAUGCUACAGAGGUGGGGCCAAGACCUGUGAACCAACACCAUGCCAUUUGAACUUUCAUAGUUACAUGAGUCUUGAACCUAGGAGGUGAUGAUAGGAUUGAAUAGAGGCAGUUGUCCUCUGUCUUAUGUCCUUGAACUGCAAUAAAGAGUGUCUUACGCUGUUUUUUUCCCCAUCUUCAGUUACUGUCACUUGUAACUGGUGAGGGUUACUUAAGAAAUUUGUGUAGACACCACUUUAAUUUGUCUCCUAAAACAAGAAACUUGAUUCUAAUUGUAUAAUAAAGAAUGUUUGAUAUAUUAGGUUGUGUGAUUUUUCUCUCCUCUUGUUCCAUCAGUGGUUUAUUGGUUUUUGUUUGUCAUUUAAAGGAAGAAAAAACAUUGACUUUACAAGCCUUGCAGUAUAUUGUUUGCACUUGAAAUGCUUUGCAUAUUCAUGUAGUCGGUUGUAUUGCUACGCUUCCUAUUAGCAGUCUAAUGAAAAAGUGCUCACUUCUAACAGCUUGUAGUUAAAACACUUUCUCCCUAAUGCAGCUGAUAUUAAAAUGUUGUGCUUUGAAUACGGUAGUCCUGCUUAGUCCUUCUAGCAUCCUGCCUUCCACAGUGGCCAGACGCUUUUAGAAAGCCCACAUGCAGGAUAUGAAGGAAUAGACAUCCUGCAGCAACUGGUAUUCAAUGACAUAUUGCCUCUGGUUGAAUUCCAUUUUAUUAUUUACAUACAUGUUAUUAUUUACAUACAUGCAUUUCUUUCCCAGCUGUUCCUCCCAAAGAAGCCCAGGGCAGCAAACAGAGCAGCAAAGUGUGUGUGUGUGUGUGUAUACCAGGGCUAUGGAGUCGGUACACCAGACCUUCGACUCCGACUCUAUUUUUCUACUGUCUGACUCCGACUCCUUCAUAAGUGGCAAAUGUAUAUUAACUAGUAAUAACAAAUUUACUGUAGUAAAAUGGUAGCACAAGGCAUUUCAUCACCACCACGUGAAUCCAGAGCUUGGAAAAGUUACUGUUUUGAACUGCAACUCCCACGAGCCCAAUCCCUGGGGGUCUAGUUUUUUUUACUUGUGUUUCAGAAUUUAAAAACUGGAAUCUCUUAAGUGUUUUGUGAGUUGCUGUGAAAACUUAAGAGGGUUGUUAAGCAAGCGUUUCUGAGUUCAGGACUAUGUGUUUUAUAAGAUUUUGUUUUGAAAUAAGCUUAUGCUUAUGGGAAGCAGCAGAAUGGCAUGGGGGAUAUUUUCAAUUUAACAGUGGAAUGUGAAAAAUCCAUGCUGAUUAUAGUAUGCAACCACUCUCAUUGCUGUAUAAUUUGAGUUGUUUGGCCUACAACUGAUCUGUAUGAUCCAGUAUGUCCAGAAAGUGAAGGUUGUGAUGAAAACGAGAGCCUUUGGUUGUAUGAUGCCCCAAGGAAUAGGAGACAGGUAGGUGAAUUGACUUCCUCCUAUUUCUUUGUGUUCAGUGUCAAACAUAUUUCUAUUUGGUAAAUGAAACUAUCUUUCAUAAAGUGUGUGAUUAUGCCAUCUUUUAUCUAGAGUUAUUCAUUGUUUUUGAACCUUGAACAUUCCUUAAAGAAUAUAAGAUGCUGCCUUCUUCUGAGUCAGAACAUUGGUUCAUCUAGCUUAGCAUUGUCUACACUGAUAGCAGGUCUCUAGGGUUUCACACAUGAGUCUUUCCCAGCCUUACAUGGAGAUGCUGGGGUUGGAGCCUCUCCAUCCAAAGCUUGUUCUCUGCCACUGAGCUACAACCCUUCACCAUCAAUGUUGCUGAAAAUGUGGCGAGUGAUCAGUUCACCCCUUAACUCUGUAUAACUUUAUAGCUACAAUCUAGCUAGCCCCUUUUUUACACAUGCAGUGAGGUGUUGUUCCUUUCUGAGCAAGUGGUGUUCUGUUCCUCAUCCCCUAGAAGAGAAAAGUGGAAUAUAGAUAGUAAGUACAUUCCCACUCCCCAUUUUACCUUCUGAUGAUGUUAUUCUGCAUAUUAGCUUAUUUCAACAUAAGAUGCUGCCUGAGUCAGGUCAGGAUUGUCUGCACUGACUGACUGGCAGCAGCUGUCCAUGUAUCACUGAACACUAAAGUCAGGAUCAUUCAGACCAUGGUAUUUCCAGUUUCUAUGUAUGGAUGUGAAAGUUGGACAGUGGAAAAAGCGGAUAAGAGAAAAAUCAACUCAUUUGCAAUGUGGUGUUGGAGAAGAGCUUUACGGAUACCAUGGACUGUGAAAAAGACAAUAAUUGAGUGUUAGUACAAAUUAAACCAGAACUAUCAUUAGAAGCUAAAAUGAUGAAACUGAGGUUAUCCUACUUUGGACACAUAAUGAGAAGACCUGAUUCACUAAAAAAGACAAUAAUGCUGGAAAAAACAGAAGGGAGUAGAAAAAGAGGAAGACCAAACAAGAGAUGGAUUGAUUCCAUAAAGGAAGCCACAGACCUGAACUUACAAGAUCUGAACAGGGUGGUUCACAACAGAUGCUCUUGGAGGUCACUGAUUCAUAGGGUCGCCAUAAGUCGUAGUCGACUUGGAGGCACAUAACAACAACUGGAUGUGGCUUUACACCUGGAUGUACAGAUGAUGGUUGUGGACAAGAGUGUCUUUGGUCAGUUAAGUCUGGUGCACCAAGCUGUAUGUGUUCCUGAGUAGGUUGGAUCUGACCAGUCCUAAUACACAUCUAGGUUGGAUUACUGCAACACAUUGUACAUGGGGCUUCUUUUCAAGUCUUCAGAAGCUUCACUUGUAGGCACUGCAAUCUGGACCAAUAUAGAUAAAUGCUCUGGUUACCAGUUUGCUUGGGGCACAAUUCAAAGGGUUUGUGAUUAAUGUUUAACUAUAGCUCUAAAUGGCUUAGGUCCAGGAUCAGAGGAAGAGGCUCUUUGUGUUCUCCCUUGGAAGCACAGCCUUCUUAUGUAAACAAGAGAGGCUUUCCCAGUAGCUGUAGUGAUAAUGGAACACCUUGUCCCAUGAAGUACUGUUGGCUCAUGAGGUACCUCACUUGCUGAUUUUUGUCAGUUGCUGAAAACCAUUUUAUUCUGGCUGACUUUUGUUUCACUAUUCAAUGUUUUUUAUGGCUUAGUUUCUACUGUUGAUUGUUCUCCAGUGUUUAUGAAUUUGUAACGUUUAAAAUGUUGUAGGCUGCCCUAAGCAGUGCAUUUGUACCAGAAAGA